AUGACGAAACGACCAACGACAAGGAAAAGUACCAAAGUUAGACUCCAAGUGAGUGCCGGGAGGGGCGAUAAGAAGCAGAUGUGGACAACGCUGGAAGAUGACUUGUUUCGUUACUCGGACAACAAUGAUCGCGUAACAUUAGAAGGCCUCAAGUUUCAUCUAAAUCGUGGCAACUACGCAGUGCGAACUCUCAACGCAGUCCUCAAGGAAGUCGUAUUUGGGGUGCAGACGACUGCAGGUAAUGACUACCUCAACCUUCGUGGAAGUAAUGUGGCCUCUGGAAUUGGAAAUAAGGGGAACCCUCUAGUGGGUAUUCUCGGGCAGGAGCCACCAGAUGAUAGCGCGGGGAAAUACGCAGCUGCUGCGACGCCUUUUGAUCGAAACACUUUCGUCCAGUAUUCUCCUCCUUAUCAAAUGUUUAUCGACGAGUACAGCUGGUUCUUUAGCCCGAUGACUGUGCACUUCCACAACGCGGUCCUGUCCGUUUUCCGUCACUUCUUCAACAAGUUCGUGGCACACGUAAUAGCGGCUCACCCAGCGGCUGCCGAUAACGAACGAAACGCGUUGCUAGAUUCAUCAACCUCAGAGGUUCCGAGACUGCCGAACGCAGCUGCUUCCAAUGCAGCCGCCGUGAUGCUCGAGGAACAAUUUUUUGCAGGGAAAGCAGGCUGGAGCUUAUGGGGGCUGUUUGGGCGCGGCAAGGACGCGCUUGUUUCCAGCACUGCGGGAGCCCUUGAGUUGGAGAAACAAGUGGGAGAUGAAUCAAAUGAACAUCUUCACGGAAAACAAGACGAGGCAAAUUUUGCUGACGAGGAACUAUCGAGACGGAAAUCGAUGAAGCCGGAGAGCGCUGACCUUGUAGCUAGCGACCAUGAUGCGAAAACGAUUGAAAAGCUUUGGUAUGGUCUCUUCUGGCGAUCUCAAAUAUACCGGCGCGCAGUAGGAGAAAGCGAGGACCUGGCUGCAGACAUGAAGGAAGGCCGCGAUUGGUUUUUUCGUCUCUUCCAUGCAGUUUUCGCGUUGCCUCGAUUGUUCGAUCC